CUCUCGGUGGGUGACGUGCACUGUGUGUCGGUCGGUCGGUCGUUGUCUGCCUGUUGCUCAUUUCCAGAGCUUCUUGAGUGACAUGUUCUUGUCGGAGUCCUUCUUCAUGACCUUGGACACGGCCAUCUCGAAGUCCUCCUGCGUCACGUGCACGCGACGCUCGCGAAGCGCAAACAUACCCGCCUCCGUGCACACGCCCUAUAGGUACUCGACACGCACAGCACAGCACACACGUCACACACACGAGUGGAGUGUGAUUAUUGUAGGUGGAGUGGAUGGGGAGCUGACCUUGACUUCAGCGCCUGAGGCCCCGGUCAUUUCUCUGGCGAUCUUGAGGAGGUCGAUCCCGCGCAUCAGGUUCAUCUUGCGGCUGUGGAUCUUCAAAAUCUCGGCACGGGCCUGUGGUUGGCACACACGCACACCGCACACAUGCAUGCAUGCAUCGGCACAUGGAUGUGGCGCGUUCGUUCGUUCCGUGCAUGUCUGCCGUUGCUGGCUGGCUGACCUCUUCGUUCGGGUUGGGGAAUUCGAUCUUUCUGUCGAUGCGGCCCGGCCUCAGUAGCGCCUCGUCCAGUAUGUCGAUGCGAUUCGUCGCCAUGAUCACCUAACACACACCAUCCCACAACACAGAGCAUUCAACACCCAGCAUAUUUGCAAUCCAUGGACAGACAGACAGACAGACAGAGAGACAGGCUAGGCUGCUUGCCUUGAUGUUCUGUGUGGACUCGAAUCCGUCGAGCUGGUUGAGGAGCUCCAGCAUGGUGCGUUGCACCUCGCUGUCGCCCCCGUGCUCCCCCUCGAUGCGCGUGCUGCCGAUCGAGUCGAUCUCAUCCAUGAAAAUGAUCGACGGAGCAUGCUCCCUGGGGGAGGGACACAAAGCGACAAGGGAAGGAAUGAAGCAAGGAAGGAAGACCACGCAGGGGGCACCCCAUCCAUCCAUCCAUCCAUCAGAUAAGGUGCGCCUGUGUGUGAGGGGGUGUGUGUGUGUGUACCUGGCCAUGACGAAGAGUUCGCGAACCAUACGUGAGCCUUCGCCGAUGUAUUUCUGCACGAGCUCCGACCCAGACACGCGGAUGAAGGUGCAGUCGGUGUGGUGCGCCACUGCACGAGCCAGCAGCGUCUUGCCGGUGCCCGGAGGACCGUACAGCAACACACCCUGGAAGCAAACCAGCCCACAGUGUGUGUGGUCACUCCCUGCCCAUCCGGAUAGAUAGUGCGUGCUGGCUGACCUUCGGUUGUGCGAUGCCGAGUGACUCGAAUAUCUCUGGGUGUUUGAUGGGCAGCUCGAUCACCUCUUUCACCUCCUUGACCUGCUUCUCCAGACCACCCACCAUCUGACACAUGCACACACGCACACGUGCGUCAGUUCUUGUGUCGGGCUGCCUUUCGACUGUUCUAGUGUGUGUGUGUGUGUGUGUCAGUUGCUGACCUCGUAGGUGGAGUCCGGCACCUUCUCGACCUUCAUGAGUGACACAAGGGGGUCCACCUUGGAGGGCAGGAUCUUAUGCAGCUUGUACGAGUCGUUCAGCAACGCGACGCGCGUGUUCGGCGCACAAUCGGCGAUCUCGAUGCCCUUGUCGAUGUCUACCACAUACUUGCCCUCGGGAGGCACCUGCACACAACACACGGACAGACAGACAGGCAUGGACACGGUGACUUUGGCCAAUCAAUCAAAGAGGCAUCCAUCGUGCUCAUCCGUCCGUACCUUGACGAGCACUUUUUUCUUGCCCAUUGCCUUGACCACCUCACCGACGAGCGAACCCGGCUCCAGCAGGUACGUCAACUCCUCUCGGAGAGCCCGCACUGAUCCAUGUACGUACAAUGAACAACACAGACACGCAAGCAACACACACGUGUGUGCUAUGUGCCAGCCGGCGAGGGUGAUCUUGUGACGUGCACUCUCUCACCUCUGGAGUUGAGUUCAUUUCUCUGCGCCUCGAGCCGUCUGUUGUUCUGUAGCUUGUCGGCGAUGACGGCCUCCAGCUCCUCUAUCUUGGACUCGUAAUAGGCGCGGAUGCCCGUCGCCGUCUGACCACCAUGAGCCGCACCACUCGGUUCGGGCACCGAAGUGGGACGCUGAACAGCCGCUGCCGCACUCAUGUGUUUGGAAAGAAG